AGUUUCUUUUUUCAUCAUUUCAGAUGCCAGUUUGUCAGUUUUUUCUUCGUGGUAAAUGUUCCCACGACAACUGUCCUUAUUCUCACGUCAACGUUAGCAAGAAGGCGGAAGUGUGCGAGGAUUUUCUCAAAGGGUUCUGUUCACGAGGGCAACAGUGUAACAAAAAACACAUCCUUGAGUGUGAAGAAUUCUCAACGACUGGCAAGUGUUCUAAGGGAUCCAACUGCAAACUAAUGCACAGAGCAAGAAAACCUGCUGCAGCACGUAAACGAAAAUCUUCCUCGAAAGAGGAAAACGAGAGCUCAAAACUCUCCAAAUUGGAUUUUACGAGUGAUGAAGGUUUCUUGCCACUUUCAGCCAGCGAUGCAGAUUCGGAGCAAACGUCUACGCUGGAUCCGUUGGAAAAUACAUCAGUAGAAACCAAAGAGAAGGAUGUUGAACCAGUGGUAAUUCGUCCGAGGUUCUUGAAGCCCAAGGAACCCGAGAAGCAAACUGAGGAUUGAUUAGGUAGGCUUAGUUUCAAGAGGUUCUUAAUUGAACUUCCUUGUCUCUGGGCCUUUGAAGCUAAGGAUCUACCACUAAGUAGUGGCCUGUCCUUUAGUUGAGAGUGAGUUUGUCGACGGGAGGAUUGUGCGUUACUUUGCAGGAGAGCGAGUGAGUCACAGAUGAUAUGAUUGCGUGAGUUAUUGUGAGUCUCUCUAGCACGCAAAUUGUUGCUCGACUUCUUUUUGUCACGGCGGGACUUGGAGCGCGGGCCAGUUGUUUGAUUUUUAUUGAUAUUAUUUCUUGUUGUGCUGUGCAUAGUGUAAAUGUGUUUUUAAAGGAACGUGUAACGGCGGGACUGUAAAGAAAAUAGAGAGAAGUUAAUAAAGAGUAAUUAACAUGAAGAUUUAUUGGUAUAUAAUAAAAUUACCAACGUUCUUACUUGUAA